AGUUUUGGCUCCAGCUGUCUUGCGGCCACCAGUGCUGCAGUGCAUGGCCGCUGGCACCCCAAAGUGGGCAGCGCAGGAGCCGGGGGGCAUGCUCCCGAGUCGUAGCGCCAGCGCUCGCUUCCAGCCCCGCUCAGCAGGUCCAGUCAGCCCUCGGCUCGCAACUGCAACGCGCGAGGACGUGCGAUUGGCGGUCCAGGAGGGCGCAUGGCAGCUGCAGCGCCACGUGGAUGCGCAGGUGCAGCAGCUGCUCGAAGCGGUGCACUCCCUGGAAGGAUCAGUCCAGCGCCAGAGCGCGUUGCCGCACGCCACGAGGGGGCCGACGCUGAAAGCCGCUCCGCAGUCGCUUGAGAGCAUGGGAGGUGCGGGCCCAGCUCACCAGCCGGUCUCCAGCGGGGAGCGCGAGACGGACGCCGCCCUCGGUGGAGCCGGUGGCCGACGCCCGCCAGACGCCUCGCGCGCGAGCCCGACGCUCCUCGGCUCCGCCGGUCGGUCUGCUUCCGUCUACAGCGUGCAGGACGAGAGCCUGGCCCAGGCCGGGCGCAAGGCGGGGCCCCUGCCGCCGCUCGGCGGCAGCUCCGAGAGCAACGGGGAGCGGCAGGCCCCGAGGCGCCGCCCUUCGGCGCGGCCCACGUACACGUCUCGGCGCAGCCGCUGCAGCGCGUCGGUGCUGGGCAUCGAUGAGGUCGUGGGCAUCACCGAUUCCGAGAGGGAGGCGGAGAGAGAGAAGGAGAGGCAGGCCAAGCUGGGCCUAUCCCACGCGCUGGGCAUGGGCAAGAGUAUCACCGGGCGGCGCUCGUUCGAGGAGAUCACGAACAAGGUGAACGACUACCAAAGCACGGAGAAGAAUUGCAUCCAGCGGCUCGUCGAGAGCACCAGGUUCGAGCUGCUGUCUGCGGCUGUCAUCCUCGCGAACGUGCUUACCAUGGGUAUCCAGGCGAACCUUCGCGUCCGCGACCCGCAUCCGUCUUGCGACUUGACGUGGCACUUGGUGAACCUGUGCUUCAGCGUCUUCUUCGUCGUCGAGCUCGCUCUACGAUUGGGGGCCUUCGGCCGGAGGUUCCUGCGGGGGAAGGACAAGGGCUGGAACCUGUUCGACAGCAUGAUCGUCGGGUGUGGUGUCCUCGAGGAUCGGUGCCAGGAACAUGCCCACUAUACUAUGUAAUGCUUGUUCGCCACGUAGUGGCAAACGGCGCCCCAAACACAGUGUAUAUCUUUCUGGGUCAGCACCUGUCGCCCAGAGAGCCGUCAUGGGAAUGAUGCACUAUACGUUGCCCAGUGGCGUAUCUGCGAGGCCCCAUAGGAUAGGGCCCUGAUGCCUCUGUGUAUAUACGCGCGGUUUCCAGAGGAGCUCGUGCAGUGGUGCAUAGUUCUGCAGGGCAAGUGCGACCCCGCCG